GUUCAAUCACCCCCCACUAAUAAACAGCACCAUGGUCAGGUCUUACAUGCGCCACGGGCCGACACAGGCGUUUGGUAUUGUGACCUCCCCCACCGCCAACUCGACCUACAAUGGCCGCCUCGCAUUCGUUCCCGGCUGGGAAGACGUGCUCGUCUGGGACGUCAAGCUUGGCCAGCUCGUCUCUAUGUGGCACUCGCCCGGCCUGACUUCUCAAGUCACCCACAUCAAACCCGCCCCAACUCCCUACACUUCUACCUCCCAAGGUAGCCAAACAUUCGCCGUCUCCUACCAAGAUGGUUCCAUCCGACUUUGGACUUAUGAUUCUGAAUCACCAGAGGCGGAGGCGGAGGAGGCAGUGACAUUCAAUGGUCACAAGAAGAGCGUCACCUCUAUGACAUGGGACUCUGAUGCUUCCCGUCUGGCUUCUGGUGGUACUGAAGGAGAGAUCGUUGUUUGGGAUCGUGUAGGCGAAGUCGGACUCUUUCGACUAAAAGGUCACCGCGCUCCCAUCACCGGUCUGGCGUUCGUCCCCCACCCCAAGGGUUCGCAUGCUGGAUUCCUCAUUAGUACCUCCAAGGAUACAUAUAUGAAGGUGUGGGAUCUCAGCACUCAACACUGCGUGCAGACCGUCGUUGUCGGACGUGGAGAGGUCACUGCCCUUGCCCUGCGCGAGGAAGACGACAGCCCUGUGAUUGCGCAGGCUGAAGAGGAGAACGGUGAUGGAGUUGAGGAGGAUCAUGUUGGGGGGCGGUGGACAGUGACAACUGGUACCUCCGAUGGCGAGUCAAAAGUCUACUCCUUGUCCAAGGCAGCUUUGGCAACAGGUCUCCAGCCCCUUGCGGACGGAUCCUUACCUUCGCUCCUUGUCUCACUCUGCAGUCUUCCAGUAUCUUCCUCCACCCACCCGAUCAGCCAGAUCUCAUGGCACCCUACGCUUCCUCUACUCGCCCUGCAAACGACCGAUCGCGGUGUGGUAAUCAUGAGGUUGAGGACGGAGGAAGAGAUCAGCGCAAAGAGGAGCAGAAGAAAGAAGCGUGAUAGGGAGAAGAAGAAGAAGGCCAAGGGAAAGGACGAGAAGGAGGAUGAAGUUGAAGAGGAGGAUGACGAACCUGUCAAGUGGGAAGAAAGAGUAGCUGUCUGGUGUGUUGUGCGAGCCAACGCCAAGGUCAAGAGCUUUGCGUUUGCGUCGGAAAGCUCAACAUUCGUCAAGGGCGGAGUCUCUCUGCUACUCGCUCUCUCAAACAACUCCAUCGAGUCGUACAACAUCCCCUCCCCAUCCGCGUCUGGCAAGUCAAAACUCGCGGAUGGAUCAUCCCCCGAACCCACGAAAACACAUUCCAUCGAACUGCCGGGCCACAGGCAGGACAUCCGAACAGUGUCCAUAUCAUCCGACGACGGUGUUAUUGCCUCCGCCUCCUCCGGCACGCUCAAAAUCUGGAAUGCCAGAACGACUGCCUGUAUCAGGACUAUGGAAUGUGGGUAUGCUCUUUGCUCCACUUUCCUUCCUGGUGACCGACACGUCGUCGUUGGUACGAAGGGCGGUGAGCUCAUGCUAUACGAUGUUGGGGCGUCGACACUGUUAAAGACCUACAAGGCGCACAACGGUCCUGUAUGGAGUAUCGGUGUGAGGCCAGAUGGGCGAGGUCUUGUCAGUGGAAGUGCCGACAAAGAUGUAAAGUUCUGGGACUUUGAGAUGAGGGAAGAAGGUGAAGGUGAAAGGGUCGUCAGUCGACUGGGAGUCGAGACUGUGUACAAGACGAAGCAACUUGCUCUUGUCCACGUCCGAACACUCAAAAUGACUGAUGACAUUCUUGCCCUCAAGUAUACCCCCAACGGCCGUUUCCUCGCCGUUUCCCUACUCGACUCGACAGUAAAGAUUUUCUUCUCCGACACUCUCAAGUUCUUCUUGUCCUUAUAUGGCCAUAAGCUUCCUGUGCUCAGUCUUGACAUUUCCACCGACAGCAAAUUGAUCGUCACUUGCAGUGCCGACAAGAAUGUCAAGAUUUGGGGUAUGGACUUUGGUGAUUGCCACAAGAGUAUCUUUGCGCACGAUGAGGCGAUCAUGGGUGUCAUGUUUGAGAAAGAGGCGGGGAGUCACAACUUCUGGACGGUCAGCAAGGAUAGGAUUAUCAAGUACUGGGACGGAGACAAGGUAUGCUUUCAGUCCACUUUGAGAAACUAUCGCUUACAUGAACCAGUUUGAGCUCAUCCAAAAACUC